AUGAUAGAAAUACCCAUGCCAACUCUUCCGGGUCUUCCAGAACUGAGCCCGCCCUCAAGCCCAGACGGACUCAAAAUCAGCGAAUCCCUGGCCCCUCCCCGCGAACCCAAAGCCGCAGUGACCACAGACAUCUCCUUCGACGGACUCCUCAAAGAACCAUUGCUACUAAAAGAAGACCUGAAAGACGGCUGCGGCGGCCAACUAUGGCCCGCAGGAAUGGUCCUGGCCAAAUACCUCCUCAGCCGCCAUGUCACCGAUCUCUCCGAUAAAACAAUCGUGGAACUCGGCGCUGGAGGUGGACUUGUCGGACUCGCCGUGGCACGCGGGUGUGUCCUCGAGCACCCGAUCUAUAUCACAGACCAAGAGCCUAUGUUUUCCCUAAUGAAGUCCAACAUUCAACUAAACAAUCUUGGCCCGAAUGCGACAGCUGCGAUACUAAACUGGGGAGAACCGAUCCCAAACCAGAUUCCUCAGAAACCAGAUGUCAUCAUCGCGGCAGACUGUGUCUAUUUUGAGCCGGCUUUCCCGCUCUUGAUCACUACGCUCCAGGACCUCCUGGGACCUGACUCGGUCUGUUACUUUUGUUACAAGCGUCGCAGACGGGCUGACAUGCGGUUCAUGAAGAUGGCGAAAAGGGCUUUCGAAAUGGAGCCAGUCCGGGAUGAUCCUGGUGCUGAAAGCUAUAAUAGAGAGAACAUAUUUCUCUACACGAUACGUGCCAAACGUAUCGACUAG